CUAAAAAAUGACCGUUUUAAGCUUACUUAUAGCUCGAGGAGAGAAUGGCAGCCACAACUAUCGUUUCUCUUUCGGUCUCUCCUUUUUCUUUUGUUUGUCAAAAAUGUCAUUAGCAAUUUGUAAUUAUAAAAUUAAGUUAACUUUCUCAAGGGAACUUUGGUUUGCCAAAGCAAAUAUCAAAUGGCUAAAAAACAAAGGUAAACAAUGUUCUCAUAAUUUCUUUCUUCUUAUCCUACCAUGUAUUUAGUUUCUCUAGGGUUGUGCAUCCCGUUCUUGGAUUCUAAUAUCCCGUCCAGUUUUUGACCAAACUUGUUUUUUUUUUUGUAUUUUUUCGCUGCAGAUAAGAAGCUAGCUAAAAAGAAAUCUGAAUUUAUAAUUUGGCAUACUGGGAUAUUUGUUAAGUUAGGUCCUCUCUUUGACAUGUAGAGAGGGGACCAUAUGAAGAUUUGUGAUAUUUGACUUUAAAUAUUUUUGAUUCUCUUCAAGUGCAUUUUUGUUGGAAAGGUGUUUUGUUGUUAAGGAGAUGAGACCAAUUUGUGGGGAUGAGGGAUUUCCACCCCGAUGGGAUGGACAAGGUUCAAGUGCACAUGAAGAGAAGAUCUUUGUUUCGAUCAGGGUGAGACCUCUAAAUGAUAGAGAGAUUUCUAGGAAUGAUUUUGCCGAUUGGGAAUGCAUCAAUAAUAACACCAUUUUAUUGAAGAAUAGUCAGGGGGAACGUUCAUCCACCCCUACUGCCUACCAAUUCGACAGAGUCUUUGGGUGUGAAUGCUCCACAAGACAGGUUUAUGAUGAGGCUGCCAAAAAAGUGUUUCUUUCAGUUCUCAACGGCAUCAAUUCAAGUAUAUUCGCAUAUGGACAGACAAGCAGUGGAAAGACAUUUACGAUGUCUGGUGUUACCGAGUAUGCUCUGCAAGAUAUAUAUGAACACAUAGACAAGCAUAAUGAAAGAAAAUUCGUGCUGAAAUUAUCCGCUAUAGAGAUCUACAAUGAAGUGGUCAGAGACCUCCUUAGCUCAGACAACACUCCACUUAGACUCCUAGAUGAUCCAGAGAGAGGAACUGUUGUUGAGAAACUUUCAGAAGUGACACUAACGGACCAAAGCCAUCUAAAUGAACUUUUGUCUAUGUGUGAAGCUCAAAGACAAAUAGGAGAGACAUCUCUGAAUGGAAUGAGCUCUAGAUCUCAUCAGAUUCUGCGGUUGGUGAUGAGCUGGACAAGUUAGCAGCGGAUUGGACCUCUGAAGUGAGCUGGCAGCUGAGUAACGUCCAAAAACGAUUAUCAGUUAGGGGUUUUUCUACGGUACCUUAUUAAAUAAAGAAGGUAUCGGUACACAAAGUCUAUUAGCCAAUCAGAUCAUAGUAUGAAGCCACAUUACCUCCCUAUCAUAUUAGUAUACUAAGUUUGA